AUGGUCACGUCGUGCUUCAACCCGUUCCGCCUCCGUAAACCGAAGCCUAAACCACCGCCGGUGGGCCCCACGUCGAGGACCCGACCGAACCUCAUCACGGAUAACAUGGAAAGGAAAAGGUUCGACAGUCUCGAGUCUUGGUCAAUGAUUUUGGAGUCCGAUAAUAUGGAGACUUGGGAGGCCUCGAACGAGGAGGACCGAGAAGAAUGGACAGCCGAUCUUUCACAGCUCUUCAUCGGCAACAAAUUUGCUUCUGGGGCCCACAGCCGAAUCUACCGGGGAAUCUACAAGCAGAGGGCCGUUGCAGUCAAGAUGGUGAGGAUCCCGACCAAUAAGGAUGAGACACGUGUCCUCCUCGAGCGCCAGUUCAAGAGUGAGGUCGCCUUGCUUUCCCGUUUGUACCAUCCAAGUAUCGUGCAGUUCAUUGCUGCGUGUAAGAAGCCACCCGUAUACUGCAUCAUAACCGAGUACAUGUCCCAAGGGACACUAAGAAUGUACCUUAACAAGAAAGAGCCGUAUUCCCUCUCGAUCGAGACUAUCCUCAGGCUGGCUCUUGAUAUAUCUCGCGGAAUGGAGUAUCUCCACUCGCAGGGCGUAAUUCACCGGGACCUUAAAUCCAAUAACUUGCUCCUGAACGACGAAAUGCGAGUCAAAGUAGCGGAUUUUGGGACGUCAUGUCUAGAGACACAGUGCAGAGAGGCAAAGGGCAAUAUGGGAACUUACCGUUGGAUGGCACCUGAGAUGAUCAAGGAGAAGCCCUACACUCGAAAAGUCGAUGUGUAUAGCUUCGGGAUUGUUCUGUGGGAACUCACUACAGCUUUGCUUCCUUUCCAAGGAAUGACUCCCGUUCAGGCAGCUUUCGCAGUUUCUGAAAAGAACGAGCGGCCGCCUUUACCGGCAAGCUGUCAACCGGCACUGGCCCACCUUAUAAAGAGCUGUUGGGCAUCAAAUCCCUCUAAGCGCCCAGAUUUCAACGAGAUAGUCUGUGCCUUGGAAAAAUACGACGAGUGUGUGAAGGAAGGGUUACCUUUAACUCUAUACUCGGGACUAAAUGCCCGAAAUGCCAUUCUUGAUCGAUUAAAAGGCUGCGUGUCGAUGAGUUCAUCGUCCAUACCUGUACAUGCUUGA